AUGGCCCAGAAGAGAGUCCUGCCGCAGAGCAAGGAGACGCUGCUGCAGUCCUACCACAAGCGGCUCAAGGACGACAUCAAGUCAAUGAUGGACAACUUCACCAAGAUCAUCAAGACCGCCAAGAUUGAGGAUGAGACCCAGGUGUCCAGGGCCACCCAAGGCAAGCAGGACAAUUACGAGAUGCACGUGCGAGCCUCCAACAUCGUCCGAGCCGGUGAGUCCCUGAUGAAGCUGGUCUCUGACCUCAAGCAGUUCCUGAUCCUGAACGACUUCCCGUUGGUGAAGGCCAUCGACCAGCACAACCAGCAGCUCAGGGCGCUGCAGGAGGAGUGCGACCGCAAGCUCACCGCCCUGCGCGACCAGGUCUCCAUCGACCUCUACCAGCUGGAGGAGGCGUACUACUCGUCCAGCUCCAGUCUCCGCGAAGCUAACAAUCUGUCUCUGUGCGAAGCAUACUGGAGGCUGGACCUCGACACAGAUGCUGCCGAUGGCCUCGCUGCCCCCCUGCGGGCCUCCCUAGAGCCCAGCGCUGGCCCCCUGCAGUCCGCCGCCCCUGCCCACUCCCAUGCUAGCGGGCCUGGCCCCACAGAGCAUGCCUGA